AAUGCCUCUAGAAGCAGCUGUAGUAGUAUUGGAUAACUCAGAAUUCUCUAGAAAUGGUGACUUAGAGCCAUCUAGAUGGAAUGCUUAACAAGAAGCCAUUGAAUUAUAUAUUAAUGUAGUUAUUGAUUCAAACAUGGAAAGUGGAAUGGGAUUGAUUUUAGGAGGUGGUAAACAAGUAAGAUUAUUGAUGACUCCAACAAAUGAUAGGGAUUUAAUUUAAGGAUAAUUCCAUAAAACUAGAUUAGAGGGUAAAUAAUUUAAUUUAAUAAUUAGGUAAUUUAAAGUUUUCUGUUGCACUUCAAUAGGCAUCAUUAGCAUUAAAACAUAGAAUUAAUAAAUAAUAACAUCAACGUAUAGUAGCAUUUGUUGCAAGUCCAAUUGAAGAAGAAGUAGAUACUUUAGUAAAGUAUUAAAUAAUUUAAAUAAUAUUAGUCUUGCAAAGAGAUUAAAGAAAAAUAAUAUAGCAAUUGAUUUAAUUAAUUUUGGAGAGUAGAAUGAAGAACAUCUUUAGAAAUUGAAAAUAUUCUUUGAAAAUGUAUAGAAAGGAUCAUCAUCAAAAUUUAUUAAUAUCUAACCAGGAAUGAGUGCAACAGAAACAUUAUUUUCAUCAUUAGGAAAUUAUUCAGAUUUUUAAGCUGAACCAGGAUAAGAACAAUAAGUACCAUAAUAAAGAACAGGUGGAUAAUUCUCAGAAUAUGGUGGAAUAGAUCCAAAUAUAGAUCCAGAAUUGGCAAUGAUAAUGAAAAUGAGUCUUGAAGAUGAAGCAUUAAGAUUAUAAUAAUAAUUAGCUUAAUAAUAAUAAUAAUAAUAACAAUAAUAGAAUUAAUAACCUUAAUAAUAGACUUAAUAACCUUAAAAAGAAUAAAUAUAAGAAGAGAAGAUUGAAAAUUUUAUAGAAGAAGAAAAUGAUUAAUUAUUAGAAUAAGCUAGAUUAUUAAGUAUGUAAGUAGAAUAAUCUGAAUAACCAGAAUAACCAGAAUAAAAAAAUUAAAAUCCAUAAUAGCAAUAACAAUAAAAUUAGAUCACAUAAAAGUAAUUAAUAAAUUAAUUAUAUAUAGGUAAUUAUUCUAAGAUUAAAAUUUCCUUGAUGAAUUAUUAGAUGAUGUUAAUAAGGAUGAAGAAUAAGAAAGUCUCCUAAAAAAAGAUAAUGACCAAUCUAAGAAAGAUUGAU